GUAUCCAACUGACCACGAACUAUUUCACCUGACCGUAUCUAAAAUCUUGAUUAUAUACCAAAANCUCAAAAAUCAACGAUGCCGGAGGAGACGGCGGCGAUUGACUACGUCAUGGAGGCGGCGUCCGGCGCUCACUUUACCGGACUCCGUCUCGACGGUCUUCUCUCUUCCUCUCCGCGCGCUUCCGGCGCUGUUACCCCCACAGCGUUUUCCCCACGCGUAGCUGACUCCGCCACGCUCAAGCAGCCUUUCGUGAUCGGGGUUUCGGGAGGGACGGCGUCUGGGAAGACGACAGUCUGUGAUAUGAUUAUACAGCAACUUCAUGACCACCGUGUAGUGCUCGUCAAUCAGGAUUCUUUUUAUCGUGGUCUGACUCCUGAAGAGUUGAAAUGUGUGCAUGAGUACAAUUUUGAUCAUCCAGAUGCCUUUGACACAGAGCAGCUUCUUGAGUGUGUCGAAAAGCUGAGGUGUGGCAAGUCUGUCCAAGUUCCAAUUUAUGACUUCAAAACACAUCAAAGGAGUUCAGAAAGCUUCCGCCAGGUACAAAUCUUCAAGUCAAAGUACUGCAAACUUCCUGGAGGUCGCAAGCAGAUUGCUUUAUUUGCAGACAUUGAUAGACUGUACUUCCAGGUGAACGCGUCUGAUGUUAUUAUACUGGAGGGCAUCCUUGUUUUUCAUGAUCAACGAGUUCGGAACCUGAUGAACAUGAAGAUUUUUGUUGACUCUGGAAAUGAUGUGAUCUCUUGUUGCUUUGGAUUGACGGGCCCAGAUGCUGAUGUGAGGCUUGCCCGUAGAAUAAGGCGUGAUACAGUUGAGAGGACUUUGCGCAACAUCUUGCUCAUGAAUAUUGUUCUUGGAAUACAGUAUGCAAAAUUUGUGAAGCCUGCUUUUGAGGAUUUUGUUCUGCCUUCAAAAAAAUAUGCUGAUGUUAUUAUUCCCCGUGGAGGUGACAAUCAUGUUGCCAUUGACUUGAUUGUCCAACAUAUUCGCACCAAGCUUGGGCAGCAUGAUCUUUGUAAAAUAUAUCCAAACGUGUACGUCAUACAAUCAACCUUCCAGAUAAGAGGCAUGCAUACCCUGAUUCGAGACCGAGACAUAUCAAAACAUGAUUUUGUAUUUUACUCAGAUCGGCUUAUUCGUCUGGUUGUGGAACAUGGUCUUGGCCAUUUACCUUUCACUGAGAAGCAAGUUGUUACUCCAACUGACUCAGUGUAUACUGGUGUUGAUUUUUGCAAGAAAUUGUGUGGGGUGUCCAUUGUUCGAAGUGGUGAAAGCAUGGAAAACGCACUACGUGCAUGUUGCAAGGGGAUCAAAAUCGGGAAAAUCUUGAUCCACCGUGAUGGUGACAAUGGGAAGCAGCUUAUAUACGAAAAACUUCCCAAAGAUAUCUCUGAGCGCCAUGUUCUCCUCCUUGACCCUGUUCUUGCAACAGGUAACUCUGCUAACCAGGCGAUUGAGUUACUUAUACGAAAAGGAGUUCCGGAAUCUCACAUUAUAUUCCUCAACCUCAUAUCGGCACCUGAGGGAAUCCACUGCGUUUGCAAACGUUUCCCGUCCUUGAAAAUUGUGACCUCAGAGAUUGAUGCAGCACUGAAUGAAGAGUUCCGUGUUAUACCGGGCAUGGGAGAAUUUGGAGAUCGUUAUUUUGGUACUGAUGAGUAAUAGAUCUUUUAUGGGGUUUGUUGCUUAUUAGUUUGGCUGCUUUCAACUGUAAAUCAAGUCAACAUUCGGUUGUGACUGUCCUGCUGUUGCACAAAGAUUGAGAACGUGGGCUUUCUACUUAAUUUUGUCGACAACACAAAAGCCUCACUACUAUUGUGUAUAAAUCAUGAAUAUUGUGAACUUUUUGUUCAAAGCUCUUAUAUUGUGAAGUUGCACUGUGUGGUUGCUCUUGAUUAUAAGGACGAAAUAAACAAACUGGUGAAGCCAAUUUUGUCAAUCCACAGAUAUAGGAUGUACUUUGGAUAAACGUUAUAUUUCAAGGCAUUAUUUUUUCAUGGCAACAAAGAUUAUGCACUUCUUUCCUCGCUACUAUGCCUAAGAAUGCUGCAACUAAAUCUGGACAAAGAAUGAAAGUUCCACAAUACUAAAAAAUCUCAACACUAAACGUGACACAACUUCUGAAAAUCCAAAAGUGUUGCAAGUGUACCAUCAAUGUCCCUUCUUGUUUCCUUUUGAUUCCAGAUGAGGAAAAACACUCAAAAUGUUGUGUGCUAUCAAGUCCUGCCUAGUCAGAAUCCCCACCACCGGAAAAACCCCUGCAGCCUGAUAUUUCGGCAAAAUGAGCAUAUGCCGGAGCCCGACCUGCCUGAACAGCACCAUCGCCUUAGCCACGGACAUGCUCUCGACAACUGUGUACGGAGUCGUGUUUGUCAACGGGUGCAAAUCCACAUACAUCUCCAUCUCCUCCUUCCCCACCGCCACCUCAUCAAUCGUCAUCCCCCUCUCCGCCAAGUCGAUCGACGUGAACUUCUCCCUCACCUCCCACGCGUCCGUCCUCCGCCUCUCCCCCAAAAACCACUUCUUCUUCAGCACCAACACCAAGUGGGCCCGCAAAACCAGCCCGUGAAGCUCGUUCGCCCCGUUUCCCGUAUCCACCACCGGGAACCCGUUGUGCGUCGUGUUCUUCAAAACCUCCACUAUCCGCCCGACUUUUUCAACCCCGUUGAGGCUCACGACCGCCGGCUUCACGUCCACCAGCUCACCCACCGUGAUAUUCCUCAUCCACGGCUCGGGAUGCGCGUCCAAAAACGGCAACCCCUUGAGCUCCAAAAUUAUCUCGUAUAUGCUCGGGUUGAAGCAGUCGCCCACGGUUUUUGCGAUCAAUAGGACCAACAUUGUUAUGGGAAGCAACAAGAGGUUGUUGGUGAGUUCCAAGAAGAUUACGCAUAGGGAGACGGUCAUGCGCAUGGAGCCGGCCAUGAGUGAGGCGGCCCCGAGGACGGCGUAAAGGCCUGGGUCGAUCUUUGUGUAUGGGCCCAUGGCAAGGCCCAGAAUGCGGCCGUAGGCUGAGCCCAUGAGGAUUAUCGGGAGGAAGAGGCCCGAGGGGACGGCGAUGCCGAAG